GUGGUUUCUGUUUCCUGCAGAGGCCCAGCUUUGCGCUUAGGACUAAAACGAAAGUAUUUUUAUUAUAACCCGCCGAUGGCGUCUGCUUAUGAGUCUGACGAGGAAACUUUUUCUGGAAGUGAUUCAGAAGUCAGCGAUGAGUCAGACUUUGAGUCGGAGAGUGAGCAGGAGUCAGAUUCAGAGGAUGACAGACAGGUUUACACAAAGCAACCCUGCAAAUAUUACAACCGUGGCGGUUGUAAGAAUGGGGCCAGCUGCUCUUACCUGCAUGUGUGCAAGUAUUUUCUAAAAGGAAGCUGCCGCUACGGGUCAAGCUGCAAACUCAGUCACAGUUUGGGAGGAAGGAGAUCAUCUGGGCAGUGUGCCAGGUCCGAAGACCAAUCAGCAGCAAGCAAUCCCCAACUUACUGAUGGUCGACCCUAUCAGUGGCAGAUAAAUGAUGGAAAGGGCUGGAAGGAUGUUGAAAAUGAUUAUAUUAUUGAGGCUCAGUAUUCUCUGCCCCACACUAAAAGCAUCAAAAUAUACAACACACCAUAUGGGGCGGUUUGUAUAGAUUUCAACAAAAUACGAAUCUAUGGAAAGAACUUGAAGGUGAGGCGGCUGGAUGAUGGCAACACUGUGUGGGACUGGUACUGCACCUUAAGAAAGAAGUGGAGGAAGUAUGGAGACAAGGACUCGAAAGGCAAUCCGGGUCCGGUAAAAAGCUCCGACAUAGAGAGGAAGUUUCAGAGCAACCCGAAAAGCUCUUUUGCUUUCACGUCUGGUGGGGAAACUUUUCAAAUUAAGUUUCCAGAAAUGCAGCAGGUGGGAAAAAAGAAAAAUAGGAAGGUCACACGACGACCUGUGUUCAGACAGCAACAAGGAAACGCAGGAGCCGCUCAUCUAGCCACAUCGUUCAAGAACCUUUCUGUGGGCACCAAACCUCAGUGGCAGUUUGAAGGACACAGUGGAAACUGGCAUAACUUCAAACGCAGGACAGGCACUUCGUCUGAAUGCUCCAUAAACAGUGAUGACAUCGAGAGCAAGUACCAGCUAAACCCCACAGACACCUUGAAGUUCAAAAUAAACGGACAGCCCUACAAGCUGGAUUUUGGAGCCAUGAUUCAGAUCAACCAAACAAACAAAAGUAAACGCAAGAUCAGACGAGUGCUGGUGUGAAGAAUAAAGAUGGAGCUACUGUUCAGAAACCCAACAAUUGUGCAAUACUGUCCUAGUGCAUUCAUUUAGGGUGUUUGUUUUCCAGUUAUACCAGGGAUAGUUCUCCAGUAAAACAUUUAAUGAUGUUUACAUAAAUUAUGGCCUGAUACUAUGAAAUAUCAGUGAGGUUUACAAGUGAAUACAUGAAUCCUGCCUGAGAAUCUUGCACUAAAACAAUGCAAGUUGUAAUUUGCAGUUGAUGUUUGAAUUUUUGAUCUUUGAAUCUCAGGGGCUGGUGUCUUAUUUUUUGCAGAGUACCGAAAUCAACCAUAGUUUUUUCAGGAAACCAAAAAAUCUUGGUUAAAUUAGAGGACAUUGAAUGUGAUUUUAGAAUCUGUCUAUGCAAAAUACACUGACAGAUUCCCUGGAUGCAAGAAAAAUAUUAAUAUUAAAUUCUGUCUUUCUUUCAUGUUUUCAACCUGGUGCUGAUCUGAGAAAAGCCUCUGGUCAAUCUCUUUUAAUAGAAACUGAAAUAAAUAAAAGCUUCAAA